AUGUCACGACUGCAGCCCAGCACGUCUUCCGAGUCUCCUCUAAGCGCAUCUGCGCCUGGUGACUCCCCAUCCAACAGAGGCUACGUCUCUGAACGCCCCUCUUCCUCUACCCACCCGAGGGUCUCCGAAGGCUCAGAAGGUUAUCCCUCCUGGCUCCCCAGUAGGCCUCCUCCGCCUGCGCCGGCAUCAACUUUCCACUCCUCCGUUGGAAUGUUCGAGCCUCCUCCACCCGAGACGUUCUCGGGUGGUCGAAAGGCUACGCCACGUUCUGUGCGCGUUGUGAGCCUCCAGGACACUGCCCAGCCUGGCGCUAAUCCGUAUCAUCGCCGGGAUGCCACAGACCACACUGCGCUGAGCAAUCCUCUACGUCCUCGAGUCUGGUCACGUGCUACAACUGCUGGCCUGAGUGGAACUUUGAUCUCACAAGCUGUUAACACACAAGAGCGUCUUCAAGCACCCAAGUUUCGGUCAACUGGUCUUCACCCGGAACUCCUUCGGAACCCUUCCAUCCUAGCUCGUCUUUAUUUCUGCUUACUUCCUAUCAUGACCUUUUACCACAUUCCUCUGCAAACAUUCUUCGACUUCAAUGCUGUAUUUAUACUCUUGCAGGUUGCUAGGUAUCCAAAUCCGUCCGCACCAGGCGUGCCAGGUUCUGGCAAGAAUUGGGCCCUCGGUGCUGCCGCGUACAUAGCUUGUUGGCUGGCUUGGAUCGCCAUGGUCUUUGUUCUAUACGAUCUUGUUUACUCCUUCUGGCGCCGAUGGCGUGUUAAGCGACCGCUUAUCACACCAUUGUAUUUUUCUUCCUCUGCUUUCAAUCUCACUUGCAUGACGUCCUACACCAAUUUCUGUUUCAUGCAAUACAUCCGCUUCUCGGCCUUCUUUGGCGAAAAUGGCAGUCUUCGUGAUGGCAUCGCGGAAACGUUCUGGUUUUAUUCACAGAACCUGCCCACUGUCGCGCUUCUGCUACCUCGAGCGGGUCUCUCCCUCACUUUGCUAUUCGCAUUCACAUCUGCGUCUCCUGAUUAUGUCGCUAUGCUCGAAGCUGGUCUCAAUCUUCGCGAUGCAACUUACUUCCGUGCGUCAGACGGUACACUAACGGAUUACGCCCGUGGCGUCCUUAUUGCCAAUGCCGCUUGGACGGCGUGGCGUGUCCUUGUCCUGCUUCUCAGCUGGAUAGGUCUGUGGAUUCUGAGUGGCCAGGGUUGCGCCGGACUCUGUGGGCCACGCUAUAGGUGGGAGGAGGAUCACGAGAAGUCUAUGCCCAACCACAGCGAUGGUGCCUCUGAAACAGAUGCUCUUCUCUGGAGCUGGAGAAUUUGUACACGUCUCCGCAUCCAAGAAGCUUAUGACUUUUGCUUAACGGUGAAGCCUCCUGCACGGUGGUCUGGUACUGCAAAGAAGGAAGACCCGGGACUGCUAGGGGUGGAAACUUCCCCACCGUUUGAGGUCGAGCAGGUGCUCGCGGCUGUUGGUUUCCCUUCGGCGCCACCGCCAGCAAGACGCGGUGCACUUUCCGAGGACCUUUUCUCCUAUCCAAGGGAGGAAUCUGGGGAGGCGCCAGCGCCCCCACCGGAACUGUCUGAGAUCAUCCCGAAGGUUGUGAAGAGAUCAUCGAAGGACAAGGAGAUGACUGGUCCUUCAGCACCCCUGCUGAAACUUCCGUAUCCAUUCGCUGCGUAUAGCGCUCAAGUGUCAUCCAAGGAUCAAAUCCCUUUCCCGCCUUCCCCUGGUUCCAGGAAGGAGAAACGUAGGUCGCCAAUCACCAGCGGCUCUGAACAUCCAGGACAAGACGAUGAAGAGGAUGAAGAUACUGACGACGACGACGACGACGAAGAGGCAGGGGAGGUCGAGAUCGAAGUCGAGGAGAACAGCGAAGCUCAGCCACGCACCUCAGGUUCGAUGUCCAGUCUUGGGCAGCCUGUAAUGUCUCGUUAUCCAUUCCAACUUCGCCGUCCUGCCCGCGGAGGCUCUGUAUCUUCGGCUCCCGGUACACACUCGACUCCUAGGACCCAUGCAUCUACGAAUACCCGCUCAACGGAGUCGAGAGCGUCACAUUCUACACAAUCUACCGGCAAUCGGGAUACUUCAUCUGAGUCUCCCAACUCCCAUGAGGGCAUGUCCAGUCCUGGCUCCGGAUAUGGUAGCCCAAUACCUAUGCCGCCUCGUCACCCCCAACCAGGUCGUGGUCGCGCUCGUGCAGGAACUGUUCCAUCAGUGUUGUCCUCAUCUCCCUCUCCGAUUGUGUACACUGGUCGUGGUGCUUCUACCAGAAUCCGGGUCGACAGCGGCCAGACAGAGACCUUCAGCGGUGGUGGUUAUGAAUCAUUCCUUAGCGAAGAGGUUGACGAUGAGGCAGGGGUGGAAGGGGAGGAGGAAGAUGAAGAUGAAGAUAAUGAAGAUGAUGACGAAGAGCCGCAGAUGAUGGAACAGCCUGUGCCCGAAGGUCCCCAUGAAGCUGCAGAAGGCGAGGAUAGCGUUGGUCUCCUCAGUGUUGGUCCUCGCAGCCCGAAAUCUUCGAUGGUCAGCAGCCGUCGCCGCCGUGGGCAUCACUCAGAUUCUGGACGUUCACAAUCUGGGCGCUCACGAUCUGAUUCUCGUUCUGGCUCUCUGUCGGGUUCGUCGAGAUCCCGUGCUGGUUCAGCCGUCCGUUCGCGGGCGCAGUCACUCAUACAGAGCAUCGGAGCCGCCUCGCGAUCGUCGCUGGACCUUGUCCAGACCAUGCGCUCUCGUGCAAAUUCGUCUAUGGCUCGUCUUGAGGAGGACAUGGUGUCCUCAUCCGACUCUCGCUCACGUAGUGGGUCAGAGGGAGUGCACAGUAGCAACGAGAAUUAUACCUUUGGAGUCAGGCCACAUGUAGGUCAAAGCUCCGGGUCCCGUCUGAGAGAGGCUCCCUCGAACCCUUCCUUCUUUGCCCCCUCUAUUUCUGCACCUUCGGAAGCCACUACCUCUCAUCUCACUGCUCGUCCUACCUCCUGCGAGCGUGGGCUCAGGCGAUUAGAUAUCCCUACGCGGCCGUAUGGGAUGCAAAGCGAUGAUAGCCGACCCGACAUUAGUACCGCGGCUCAGUCAUUCAUAACCGCGCCUGCUACAUUAGCAGGCUCCUCUGUCUCCGGUGAACCUGUUCCAGCAAGCUGGCAAGAAGCGUCGCACAUGUUUGACAGACCAGGUACUGAGUGGAGACCUGCAUGA